GGCUCACGUUAAAAACAAGUAUUUUAAAGGCUAGGGGAAAACAAAAGAAAACGUCACUUAAGGACUUAAAUGUAAUGGCAACUGCAGUCACAACAACAGAUGAACGCCAACAUAACCUAACGACCCAAUCAAUCCAGGAUGCGAUACAGGAUCUUGUCAACAGUUGUGGGAUACAUGAUCCCGAUGGUCAAGUUCCAACUACAAACCGAUAUUCUGAGCUGCAGCAAGCCUGUGAGGAGCUUCGUGAGAAGUUACCUUUCCAUUCAGAAGAAGGAAGACAUUUGGUGAUUGUAGAACUGACCAAAUUUAAUGGAAAUUAUGUAGUGAAGAUCGUUCGUAGAGGAUUAUGCAGCCUAAGUAAGGUGUACUCCAGUGAUACCAAAACGUUUGAGAAUGAGGCAACAGAACUCGUUAAACUUUGCUGCUUGCAGUAUGCUAUGCAAACUAGUUCUGAAGGUGGACAUCAAGUAGCAAGUCCUGCCAUCGUCAUAGAUUGGACAAUUGAGCUAUGUGACGAAUUAAUGAAGCCGUCAAGCGAUAGCUUGUUUCACGACGAUCAAGAUACCAGAUCCAUCAGUGGUGCAUUUUUAGUAAAGUCUUUGGCAAAAUUGUCGGAAGUAUACAAAUCAAUUAUAUCCGGAAGAAUGAAAAUUUUGGAGGGGUCAGGCCGUGUUGACAAAAAAGCUAUGGAUCCUUUCAAAUCCUUGUUUGACGCCGUCAAACCAAGAAUCAAGUUUAAGGGAUUUGUAAACCUCAUAGAACAAACAGCAGCAAUAGUGAAGACGGAGGAAAAUCUCAACUUUUUAAAUUUAAGCAGCACUGGUGGUCCUAAGAUUGCAUUAAUACUUGAGCUCUGGAUAUCAUUAUUGAAGAUUCCCUUCGUCACAAAUUGGUUAGCUUUUACAACAGCAAAACACGAUUUCCUUGUACACGAUGGUGGAUAUGCUCAGAGCUUGCCCUUUAGCGACAUAAAAACUUAUGGUGAGUCCCUUAUUGUUCAAGUUGCUGGAGCCUUCAAUUUUCUUACAAGUUCUAACAAACAGUAUCAGUUAUCUUGUGAUAAAACAAAACUUCAAGUUUUUUUCGAUAAUUCGGAAGCUCUGUUGCGCCACACCAUACCUUGUUUACAGCUAAUGCAAGCAGACGUAGAAACAAGUGUUCUCAAAGAGAUACUCUUCCUACUGCAAUUCAAGCUAAACAGAGACUUACUGCCUAGAAUCACUGAUUCAGACAAGAAGCAAUGUCAGCCAUUAUUGGAUGCAUUGGACAAAAUCAUACUAUCACCUGAUCAUUUACAUUUACAAGCUAUAAUGGAGGCAGUGGAUGCAAAGCAGGUUUACGAAAUGAAAACCUUGAAUCAAAUCAUCAGUAGCAGUCGACCUCACCAAACAGCAAGCUUUAAUGCAAUUACUCUAGCACUGUUAGCCCUUCCAGAAAAGCAAAAAGUGUUGACGAUUCUUCAAAUAUGGAAGCAUACCUUUCCUGAUGAUAUAUCUUACCUUAUUUUGUCAGAGUUAUUUGUGCUUGUUGUAGCAAUUAUCCAGACAAAGAAAGAGAGCGUAUCUAGUGACGUGGAGAAGUUUAUCGCCUUUCUAAGGCAACUACCCCCAGAUCUUUUCUCGGCCUUGAGAAUCUGGCGGCCUUUAUUUGAGCAUCUUUUGGUUCUGCUACCCCAUUCAUGUUAUGGUCCAGAAGUAGUAAACCUCAUCAGAAUGUUUGUAGAUUUACAUUUGAGAAAUACACCGACUGGUUGCGGCCAGUACGAUAGUGCAUUUGCUCAAAAAGUGCUCAUAUUUCAGAAUUUCCUCUUUGGGGAGCCAAUGAAACAAGAUUCAAAAUCCGAGGAAGUAAAGAUCAAAGCCCUUCAACUGGCACUAGAGUUAUUUGAAGAAGUACCACUUCCAGAAGAAUAUSRWUUUGUUUUGAAUGUGAUCCUUUCKGUUGCAUCAGACAUGSAAAYAAAUGCCAUCAAGACCUUYACUCGGAGCCUUCUCAAGGCUGCUAGAGUACACAUUACAAGGAUACAAUAUCCGGAAAUCUGGGAAGUGAUUUCAUUGAUUGAUCAGUCCCGUACUAUCCGACGUAAGAGUGAAGUUUAUAACAGUUACUUAGAAGUUUUGCAAGAAGCUAGAGCUGAUGAUGAUGACAUGCCCACAGUCAAUAUUUGCAGCGAUUUUCUAAAGUCGUCUGAUUCUAUCAAUAGCGACAACACAAAGGUAUUCUUCGCUCUCGCAGCAAAGGGAAGAAUCGCCACCUGCAAAUUUGUCUUGGAAUGCCUGAUUUUUUACCGUCUCAUAAUUGGUGGAGAUCCAGGCAGAGUUAAUGAUUAUGUAGUUUUUCUGCUCACUAUCGUAGAAAAAACAUUGUCGUCUGACAGAAGGAGUUGCCAGUUGUUCUUCAAAACAAUUCAUGACUACCUUCAACUUCAAUGGCUGGCUUAUGACCUCGAUACUUUCGAAAUGAUUGUUGCAUUGAUAGCUGGUUCUAUAGCUAUGGGAACAUUUGAUAGAGAUCUGAAUGAAGUUGUCCUAGCAGUGCUGUUCAAUGCCAUCCACUCUCGCAAACUCUAUAACCAAACAGUCAUUCUCAUCACUUACUUUUAUUUCACACAAACCUUCCGACGAGUAAGUGUUGAAAAAGGAAAAAGUUAUAUGAAAUUCUUUGCAGAGGGAGUUCGCUUGAUUAUGAGACUUCCUUUGAAUUUACAGCAGACGAAAUGGAUAAUACAGAAAGUAGUUGCCAUCCUUGAUCAGGAGAAUAUCACAGAUGGAGAAAAUGUAUGGAGCGUUAUGUGUCAUCUCUUCAAAAUGGGUGAUGGAUCGUGUAUAGCCAUUGUUCCUAGUAAUCUCGAAUCACAUUUCAAAAAAGUGUUAAAGCCUUCAGUAGUACGGAACACUGCUCGAAUAUUUCUUCUUUUUCGACAAAAAGAAAAUAUCGUAUUUGGAGCAGAUACAAAAAUGCCCCUUGAUCCAGUUUUUUCUUUAUCAGACCUGCUCGUGGAACGAAUGCCUCGCACAUUUGCCAAUAAGACAUCAGCAGAAUUGUUCAAAUACAUUGUAAAGCGAGUAGAACAGAACCCGGCAAUUUCUUUCUUUAUUUUAGUGGCUGAAGCUACUAUAAAGGAAAAUGCUUCAGAGUACGAACUGAAGACUGAGAUCAAAGAAAUCGAGGAAACAUUUCUUCACGUUCAACCACAGCUCGUUCCUUUCAUAGCCGAAUGCUUGAGGCAGUACUAUCUCCUUGGCGUUAGUAAGACUAAGAACAAGAAUAUAAAGGUUUUCAUUCUGAAAAUUCUCGAAUGCCUUAGAAAUUGCCAACUGAACGUCGAGGACACUCUCAAAAUAAUGGCAAGUAUUCUGAACCUUCCUAAGCUGUUAGUUCUGGUAUUCCAAAGGGCUUCAAACGAUUCCAAAGCAGUAAAAGACAUGUCGAGAGUAUUGAACGUCGUAACCGAAGUGGAUCCAUUAAUUUUAAAUGGCCAAAUUUUGUUGACUCAGCUAAUUCAACAUGACCUUUUUAUGGUUUUGACAAAAACAUCUCUUGAAGUGUCAGAUGUCUGCACUGUUUUGGAAUUUUACCGACAUUUGAAGCCGGAAGAUUUGCCAAAUGUUUUGACAUUAUCAGGAAAAUUUGACGCCAAACAAAGCAAUAGCAAUGCCUUAUGGUUAAACGAGUAUAGCAAGAACGCAGUCCUUACUCCAGGUAAUCUGGUUUAUUUGGUAUUAGUUCAGUUGAGAAGAAUACGAAUGCCCAAGUCAGAUGUUAGAGAAAAGGCAUUAGCAAUUUGCAGUCAACUUCUCAUCAACUACAGCCUGGAUCUCCAAGUUUCCUGUCACUGUUUACUGCAGACUACCUUCGAAGAGUACAUCGAAAGUUUCUUCUUCGUUAUCAAUCAAUUAUCCAGUCUUGCUGAGAUUGAACACUGGCUGACCUUCCUUCCUCACCACGCAGUGCAAAGCAAACACGUUAUCCUAGCGGCUUCUUCCUGGAAAACAAGUUCUGAAAGUCGUGAAGAAUUAGGCCACAUGAUUGAUAGUGCCAGCAAAGCAUUAUUGAAACUUCUAGUUCCCACUUCCUCUGGAAUGUUCACUCCUUUGUGUUAUGCAGGCUUAACAAGGGAAAUAGAAGGAAUGGCGCUUGUACUAUCGACAACUGAGAAUGAAGAAAUUGCCAACAGCCUUUUGAAUCUUAUUUUUACUAGCAGAGAUCUGACUGAAGCUUGCCUUGGUGUAGUACGUUCAUGGAGCAAGAAAGAAAGUUUAACUCUCAUAGAGAAAAUGAAACAAAAUUACGAACAACGAAAUAAAGAUUCGAAGAAAGAGCAGGUUGACAGCGAAAUAGCAAUUCCAUUGCAAAUCCUUCCAUUUGCUGCCAAAGCCUUUCCGAAUUCAACCUUUAGAGUCGUCAAAAUUUUCACAACAUUAACUGAAAUGGGCGGUGGUCCUGAGGAUCCUCUAAGCUUAGGACGAAUUCCAGUUUGGUACAAACAAAUGACAGACGCUGGGUACCCCCCACAAGUCAUACAGUCAUGGUGCACGAGUCUUGUUCACUCACAGAAUCUCUGUUCCAGUGAGGUCGAUGCCAUUACAAAUCUGACGCCAGAUACGAUAAAGGUUCUUAACAAGGAUUUGGAUGAAGUUGGCAGAUGCUUGUUUUCAACAGAAGCACCAAAGUCUUGGAAAUCAGAGUGCGAAACCAAAGAAGAACAUCGGUCAAACGUAGAAUCGUUUAAGCGUUGCUUACUCCUCGCAAGACUUCUGAACGAAAUGGCUAGUAUUGCUGGGUGUCUCAAGGAAAACUCAAAAGCUGUCGAAAUGGUCAAAGAGAGCACCACAGCUUUGUGUUUAGGCUUCUUGGAUAACCAGCGUUCGUCAGGCAACUUGUAUAAAGUUCGGUAUUGUCUUUGGAAGGAAUUGUUUGUCCUUCUGUUUGGCGAAGACAACGGAGCCGAGGAAGAACAACCCGAGAUGCAAGAAAUUAUGGCUCGCGAACCUCUUGCCAGGAGUCUCAUAAUUCUUUUUCGUCGUUUAGCUAGAUCCUUCACUGCUAGACCCACUCUUCUUGGUAUUGUAAGAGGUAUUAUUCGUACCAUUCAGAAACGUGUCAUCAUCCACGAGACUAUACUAAGCCUUGAGUCGAACCAAGACGCCAUACAUACACUGCAAGCUGCUGGGUACAAUCAAUGUAUAUCACCCAGGGAAGAUUUGUGGUAUUCGUCAUCAAUCCAAAUGUCGGCUUACGUAGCCUUGAUCGCUUCAGAUGAAUCGCUUCAACUGGAACGUUCACUGAGGCAAUUGUGGAUUGAAUGGAUGGAUGUCUUGUUGGAAAAUAAGAUCUCCGAGAUCACACUUGACGAGGAAAAGGUCAAAACGACUGAACUAUUCAAGCCUUCAGAUUCAUUGGAGACCAUAGAAUUGCAUCUUUUAUCUGUGAAACAAGCCACUAAAUCCUUACCACAUGACAACUGGAGUAGCUUCAGACGAAGGCAGUUAUUACGGAAUGAAAGACGAAUGCGAAAUAGCAUCAAGGAACAAGAAAAGCAGGUCAAGGAAAUGACUGGAAGCAAAUUGACAAAGAUGGUGAUAGUUUGGGAGAAUCAGCUUCUUGAGUCGGUCAAGACUUGCUCAGAGAAAAUACCAGGUUGCUAUGCACAAGAUGGGUUUCAUUCCGAGAAGCCCGUCAUUUGUGGUAUUGCUGUGGAUAACAGAAUCCUAACUCUGUACAAAGAAGGCCACGGUGAUACCCGUACUGAAGUAGAAAACGUUGAAGUAAAGCUCUAUCCAGCUGGAAUGGUGGUGUUUGGUGCGUACCGCAGCAUUCAUCCGUACGACACAGAGCAGAUGUGGGCAGCGUUUUACAAGAUGCUUCUGGACAAACGCUUGGUGCCCAAGAUAUUCAUAACUAAUGUCAGCCCUGCAUUUGAUUGGAUAAAACAGUUUGUUGCACCAGAAUCAACUCAACUUCGAAAUGCUACAUUUCAAAGCUGUUGUAACCUAAUCCCCUCACCGGAGGACAGCUUUGAUUAUAAUCCCGAGAUACUUUUCCAUUUACGUUGCACGACGCUAGAAAACUCUCACAGGAAAGAACUAAUCAUCCUGACACCAGAUAAAACGCAACAACUAAAAUUUGCUGACCUUAAGCCACCAAACAAAAACAAAUUGAUACGUGACGAGAUCCACAAAGUUGUGCUUCAUCUACAAGAUGAUGGUGGACUUAAAGAGAUGCAUCCAAAGUCACAUGACAAGAUUCUUGACAGAUUGAAGUUUGCCAUCAGACAAGCGGUGGAGAUUGCAGUCGAUGGAGGUAAACCAACACAGGAAUCAAUAUCAGAAAGCAUCGACAUGAAAAGGCUUCUGCAUCGUUGUGAGGAUGGCCAUCAGUACAGCAAGGAUGAUUACUCUUCUGUUAUCUUGGACGCUGUAAACACAGUUACGGAGGAUUUGCAAGGCACCAACACGUCUUACGAUGGAUGUCAACAUGUUGUGUUUUUACAGCAAAUGCAAUAACGAAGAGCAAAGACAUUCGGUAUCUAGAACGAAACGGCUGAUAAGAAUGCUCUCUGUACUGAGGAAAAAAGACUAAGCAAAACCUAAAAUUACCAACGGAAGUUGUUGUUGUUUUUAACACAAAAAAAGAAACUAUGCUGAGAAACCUGACAAUUUUUAGCCAAAGACGCAUGAAUUGGUUGGAAAAUAGUAGUAAUAUAAAACAUCAACCAUUAAAUAUAUAUUCGCCGACUCACCCCUCCCCCCAUAAUAAUUUGUAAUACCCGUAGAUUUCCGAGAAAUAGAGGUUUUGCACCAUCACAUGUCGGCGCCUGUGGUUAGAUGGCAGAACAAUAAAAUCACGUCAAACGAUUGUAUUUUUCCUGCCAUCUAACAUGGCUGCCGUCACGCGAUGGUGUAAAACGUUUAUAGUAUAGCUAGAAUCCCGUGUUCUGAUUGGUUCUGUUCAGUCAAGCUAGACUUGCUUAUUCAGCACUUAUGUCAUCUUAGUCUUCAGACUUUUUCGAGGAUUGGAGUAAACCAAGGUAAGAAUGUAUACGUCUAGAAUUAUGUUAUUCGUGUAGCUCAAGUGAAAAUUCACGGACCUUAUAUGAUGAGAAUCAAAAGCAAGCACUGAAUUUCUAAUUCAGUUAGUUGAAAUGUAUUACGAUUAUUCCUUCGCAAAUCGAUCCAAAUCGAUGUUCGUUUUGCGAUUUUUCAACCGCCUUCUACAUAUUUACACACUUCCCAAAAGCGUUUAUACGAACAGAAAAAAAUAGUCUAGACAAAUCUUAGGUUUCUUUUAGGUAAUGUAAAACAUAACCAUAGCCAUAAAUACGACAAACUUGCGUAAUAUGGAUAUUAUGUAGCCAGAAUAAGAAGACCUAGAAACUGCAAAUUAUACUAUAUUAGGAUUGUCUUUACUUUAUUUUACCUGAUACAAAUACUAGCUAGAACUUAAUGAAUGUAGGUCCAUUAUAGAAGUAAGAAGUAUAUAAUACUAUGAUUUAUUUUACAUGUAAUAUCUUUUUGGUUUUUGGACAUACGAUUAUUACCGGUAAAUGAUACAAAGCGCGGUAGCUUUCGCUUUUGUUCUUCGGGGAAUUUUCCCUACUUAGUCACGCAACUUGAGUUUGUUUCAGUCUUUUAUAUAUCAUAAAUAUAUAAGGAGCAUACGA